GCAACGAGGCAACAGCUUCAACUCAAGUCGCUCUCAAUGUCUUUCAUCACACGGGAAUACAAGUUCGAAACGAGCCUCAUGAUGCAACAAAAAUCAGAUCAACAUACAAUGGCAAUGCUUAGCCUGAAGAAACUUGUCAAACCACUGCUAAGGCUGAUUAAGAAGAAACAGCUAAUACGGAAGACCCUGGCCGAGGUGCAAUCGCAGAACGAGAUAAACUCAUCUUUGGAGGACAUGCGCAAAAAUUCAGUGGCCAGCUGUGACAACACGGCAAAUGAGCUGCUCGAACAGAGACUCUACAACGAUCUACGCGACUGUCCCAACAAUGCGGCUAUCAUCGUUCAGCAUGACAAAAAGCACAGCAUUGUUCCGGUGCAUCCUGAUCAGACCUUCAUCCCGGUCCACUUUGCCCGUACGAGCAGCGGAACGUUCUUCUGGACUUCACUUGAUACAGCGUGCCAGCAGCAGCAGCAACAACAACAACAACAGGAGAACGAAAUGCGAACUAAGUACGAUCGCUGGGUUCAGGCCUAA